CCAUUACGGACCUGUCCAAUCUCCUCAGCUAUACGCGGGUGUCCCCUCUCCCUGGCUCCCUCCCUCCCCCUUCCCCCUUAUCAAUCCCUCUUCCGCCCACCGCUUGAUCUGGGUCCCUUCCUCGCGGCGGUGCGUGAAGCUUGAACCUUUUUGGAGUUCGAUCGGUGAUCGAGGGGGUUCGGGGGUGGGAUCACCGGUUCUUGUAGAAGAAUUUGUGGGUUUCUUUUGGGAGUUUGGUGUUGGCUUUCGUUGGUGAAGGUCGAUGAUGUGGAGAGACAGCGGAGUUCCGGCGGAUUCUUUCUACGAGGCUCGGACCGAGUGCGCCGAGGGUCCCAAGAGCAAGUUCAAGAUUAAGGCUGGAAAGACUCUAAGUGCACGAAGAUGGCAUGCUGCAUUCACUCCAGAAGGUUGCUUGGACAUUGCUUCGGUCCUCAGUCGGAUACAGCGAGGGGGUGUUCAUCCUUCAAUACGAGGAGAGGUCUGGGAGUUUUUAGUUGGAUGCUUUGAUCCUAAAAGCACCUUUGAUGAACGAGAGCAGCUGAGACAACAUCGGAGAGUGCAAUAUGCUAGAUGGAAGGAGGUGUGCCAAGAGUUGGAUUCUCAUGUUGGCAGUGGAAGAAUUAUCACAGCUCCAGUAAUCACCGAGGAUGGUCAACCUAUUCAAGAUCCUUUAGUUCUCCAGGAAGCCAACCCCAGCCAUAUUCCAUCUUCUAGGGAACAAGCUACUGGUGGUUCUGAAAGCAAUACACAUGUUUGUUUGGAUAAGCAAAUAAUUGAAUGGAAGCUUACACUACAUCAAAUUGGUCUUGAUGUGCUUCGGACAGACAGAACUCUGGUGUUUUAUGAGAAGAAAGAAAACCUUGCAAAGCUUUGGGACAUCCUUGCUGUUUAUGCCUGGAUCGACAAAGAUGUUGGCUAUUGUCAAGGGAUGAGUGAUCUUUGCUCGCCAAUUAUAAUUCUUCUUGAAGAUGAAGCAGAUGCAUUUUGGUGCUUUGAGCGUUUGAUGCGCAAACUGCGAGGAAAUUUCAGAUGCACUGAGAGAUCUGUUGGGGUGGAGAACCAACUUCAAAGUCUUGCAUCAAUAACGCAAGUUCUGGACCCAAAGCUUCAUCAGCAUCUAGAAACACUAGGUGGAGGUGAUUACCUCUUUGCGGUUCGCAUGUUCAUGGUAUUGUUCCGUCGAGAAUUAUCCUUUGGAGAUUCUUUGUAUCUUUGGGAGAUGAUGUGGGCUUUAGAAUACUAUCCUGAUAUGUUCUCUAUGUAUGAAGAGCCGGAGUUGGCCAUUGAGAAGAAUGAGACGUCUAAAGGGAAAGUUAAGUCAAUACGUCAAUUUGGGAAGUUUGAAAGGGAGAAUAUCAAGAAUGGAUCUAAAGGCUCUGAAACUCCUUUGCCAAUCACAGUUUUUCUUGUUGCCAGUGUUCUCAAGGAGAAAAGUGCAAAGCUAUUGCAGGAAGCACGUGGUUUGGAUGAUGUUGUUAAGAUUUUAAAUGACGUAAGUGGAGAUUUAGAUGCAAAAAAGACUUGCAGCCAUGCAAUAAAGCUUCACAAGAAAUAUUUAAAAAUGGCCAAGAAAACAUAGUUUUUGGUGCAUAUAGAUUCCACAGAUAGGGUUGAUUCCAAGCAGCAUCACCAUGCGAGGUUUACUUGACUUGAUGAAUAAUAAUUGGACGGAGGCCAUCUCACUUGAUCUGAAGCUUUCUGGAGUUAUGCUUCAACCUGUUGUUGAUCCUAAUACAUGUAAAACCAUAGUCACAUGCCUCAUGUGUUCAUCCAAACAAACCAUCAUAGUUGUACCACUCUCAUCGAUUUACAAGAAGCAAACUUUUGAUGAUUUAUCAACUGUAACAAUAUCUGAUUAAAACAAGCAAAAUAGGUGAUUUAUGGCUGCAUUUCCAA